AUGGCUCGGAAAUCCACCGACGACGAGGAUGUGCGCUCCUUCGACCACUCAGACCCCGAGCUGCCGCCGCUGCCCUCGGACGACGACGACAGCUUCCUGCGCCCGCCCAGCGACAGCGCCGACAACAGCUACCUGGGGAGCGAUGGCGGGAGCAUAAUGGAGCGCGACAUGCAGCGCAAGCUGCUGGACAUUGAAUCGAGCUUCCUGCCGGACCGGGAUGCUGAUAAUUCCGAGUCUGCCCACGCCUCGACAGGAGCCGACGAUACCUACAUGUACGGAGCUUCGUCGCUGCGGCCGCCGCCGCGGAACGGUGCGAGAGGCAGCGGGCGUUCCAGGGACUCCAGCGGCCGAAGGUCGGUGCAUGCGGAGGAUGUUGCGCUGCCUGAAUCGCCCGCGCACCCCGACGAUGCUCAUGGAGCCCCGGCGCCAGGCCAAGGGCACUUCGACGAGGGAGAUCGCUUUGAGGAAGGCAGCAGCUCGUUUGAAGAGCACGCGCCCUCGUCUCCAACCGCUGCCGCAGCGGAACGCUCCCAGACAAGAACAGAAGAACAGACCAGCAAACAGACCGAGCCGAUUAUCGAAGUUACCCAUGCCGAAAACCAGGGGCAGCAACAUGAGGAGGAUGCCCGCUCACAAAAGUCGUUCCGGCCGACCUCGAGUGCUUCUACAGUAAAAGCUGAGAGAGCCGAAAACGACUGGAACACCGACGACGAACGCCGUUCGAGAUUUCGUGACACGUUUUCCUCCACAGUCACGGCACGCAAUCCUUCGAAUGCCUCCAACGUUCGCAAGAGGCCCAGCUUCUUGCGGGACCGCAGCAGAGGAGCCAGCCAGCGCUCUACAGCGUCGUCUUUCGCCGGCAGAUCAGAGAGCUCGUUUGGCGACAGUAGAGACAGCUCUGAUUUUGCCCUCCAAACCGGCGGUGCCUUGCCUGGCACAGGCAUGCGAAGUUCUGAACGCGACCUGUCUCGACUACCAAGUUUAGGGAGCAUCGCAUCUUCAAUUUCUGUAAACAGCGACAGCAGGCCAUCUCUAGACCGCGCAAGGAGCACGCUCUCUCAGGCAGACAACAACCUGGAACGUCUGGACGAAGAGCCCCGGCCGACGUCCGCCUCGCCGCCCGCUACACCGACCGCACGGCCAUUCAGCUCCGGGACGAAUAACAUGACGGACACAGUCAUCACCAAGCACGUGCAAAACAUUCGUGUCCCCGACACGGUCGCGAGGGAGUACCGGGAAAAACACGCGACCAAGUCUCCAGAAAGACCGUCUACGGCUAGUCAAUUCGCUUUCAGUAGUCGAACGAAGCAUAACCUUACGCUCAAGGAACAAAACAGCAAGAUUGACAAGCUGAGCAAGGAGAACUUCGACCUCAAGUUGAAGAUUCACUUUCUUGACCAGGCGUUACAAAACAGGUCCGAUGAGGGUGUUAAAGAUAUGAUCUCGAAAAACGUCCAGCUGCAGACCGACCUAGCCACCGAGAAGAAAGAGAAUCAAAGUCUGAGGAGGAAGGUGCGUGAGUUGGAGAGGAAACUCAAGGCGCAAGAGGAAGGCAUGGCAGCAGCCAAGGAGAAAACGACCGGCUCCGACGAUGAGAGAGGCGAGGGCUCUCAAGACCAGGGUGAGAUGGAGGAAGAGAUCACGUACUUGCGUGAAUGUCUGCAGCAAUCUGAGACUGAAAUCGAGCGGCUCAAGGAGGAGGGUUUGGCCAAGGAAGUGGAGAAGAGGCGCAUGGCCGAGUACGUCAAGUCCAUGGGAGACCGCAAGAAUUCCGAGCCCUCUGCCGGCGUCGAGGAAGCCAUGGAGAUGUGGAAGGACUUGCUGGAAGCCGAGACUGCGCGCCGCGAGCAAGCCGACGACGAUGCGGAACGCCUGCGUGACGAAAUCCGUCGCCUGAAGGCUGAGCGCGAACAGCCUUCGCAGCAAGCACCCAAUGUCCGUCAUGGCCACAACAUGAGCCGGGGGAGCCGGAUGUCGUUUGCCCGAUCACAGUCAGGCUCCGAUGGUACCACGGAAAAUCGUGCAGGCACGAGUGCCAGUAGCGUCACCCUUGUCGACCAGCUCAAGCACGAGAACGCCGAGCUGCGCAGAGAUCUUGGCGCUCAAACCUCCAUGCUCGUCUCUCGGAACCGCGAGAGGGAACGUCUGCAACAAGAGAUCGAGGAUCUCAAGCUGUCGGUCCGCCGCGGUGCUGGCGGCUCAGUGGUUGGCGACAGCAUCUUCGAGCGGUCGAUAUCUCGUGCAAAUCAUCAUAGGCCAUCAUCCCGGAACAGUGCGGUGACAAGGACCAACGACUUGGAUGAUGCUGAGCGGGAUGAGUAUGAGCAAAAGCAAGCAGAGCUCCGGGACCAAAUCGCCGAACUGAAGAUGACGAACCAGGAGUUAGAGAAGCAGCUGAACAACACCCUAGACGAGCUAGAACGUACAGAAGAGAACAUGCGCCAACUGGAUCGCGAGAACAACAACCUGCUUGAGGAUGUGAGGAACAUCCAAAAUGAGCGGGAUGAUAUCCUCCGGUCAUUGGAGCAGAAGGAAGCAGAGUUCGAUUCGUUGCGAGAAGAGGCUGAGGACGAGAUCGAUGGGUACGAGCAAGAACUUCAUCAGAAGGAGCAGGACUUGGAGCGCUUGAUCAACGACCUCGAAAACCGCAAUGAGGACUUCGAGGCCCUGCAACAGGAGAUGAGGAACGUCAGCGAGAGUCUAGUGAUGCUUGAGGAUGACAGAAACGCCAGCCAGCGCAGGAUCCAGCAGCUGGAGCAGGAACUCGAAGACGCAAACCAAGAGCUGGAGUCGCUCGACCAGAAGCUGCAUGAAGCUCAGCAGAAGAUCGAACGCUUUGAGGUCCAACAGGAGUCGAACCAGAGUGAAAUCACUUUCUUGCGCGAGGAGCAGGAGGGCGACAAGAUCAGGAUCGGUGACCUCGAGGCUGCUCUUAACGCAGCACAGAUGAAUAUCCAAGAGGAGAGGGAACGCUACAAAGACCUGGAAGACCGUGGUUCAGAGGAAAUCAAACAGCGCGAAGCGCUCGGCAGCCAAGAGAAGGAGCAGUGGCAGAAGGCUUUCGACGACCAAAACGCGCAGAACACCAAGGCUCGUGAGGAAAUCCGUCGUCUUCGCAAGGAACUCGCUGCCAAGGAAGCCGAGGCAACGAACUGGAAACAGAGGCUCGAUGACCUUGAGAACAGUCUUCGUGACGCUCUUGGCAGCUUGGACGGCACCAAGUCCAGCUUACUGAAGGACGUGACCAAGCUUCAGAGAGACCUCGACGAGACCAUGAUGGAUCUCGACCACGCACGGUCCGAGCUGGCGGACAAGGAGCGUACCUUGCGUAACCGGGACACGCUUCUCGAAAGCACCAGCUUAGAAAGCCGCAAGUUGGCUGACAUGCUCGACAAGGAGCGACAGCUUCGCAUGCAGGAGAAGCGACAAUUCGAGCAGUCGCAGAGGAAAGACCAAAGCAACACGCGCACCAUCCAGUCAUACGAGACGCGUAUACUCGAGCUGGAAACAUCCCGCAGCCAAGACCGCCGGCGGAUCAAUCAGCUCGAGGCUCAGUAUAAGGACCAGCUGCUCGAACGCAACAACCUUCUGCUCGCGCUCUGGAACCGCCUUUCUACCCUUUGCGGCACUGAUUGGGCUCAGCGCAACAGCCUGGUGAACGGAGAGCUGCCAACGCUCGAGGUCAUCGGCCGCGGCCUCCCGGGCUUCAGCAAGAACGUCCUUGCCGCAAUCAAGAUGGUCGAGGGCAUCAUCGGCGGGUUCAAGGUGCGCAUCCGCGGCAUCGAGAAGGACCUAUGGAAGGAAUACCAGACGCUGGAGCACAAGCUCGACGUGCGGGUCAAGCACCUCGACGGGCUGGAGAAGACGAUCCGGUCGGGCAGCAUGGGCAUGAUCCGCAACGAGACGCUGAACAACGAGAUCUCGCGGCUGAAGAGCGAGAACAAGCACCUGAAGGCGGACCUCAACCUCUCGCGCCAGAACACGCGCUCGUCGGGCGACUCGGCCGACCAUCAUCACCAACAGCGCCACCCGCCGCCGCCGCCGUCGUCGUCGUCGCGCCUGCCGCAGCACCGCAGCGUCUCGGGCCCGCAGGGCAUCAGCAACGUCAACCGCCACUCGAUCGCGUCGACGCUGCUGCGCCACAACUCGAGCGCGGCCGACCUGCUGCAGCACGCCUCGUCGUCGCACCAGCAGGAGCCCACGUCCAACCCUUCCUCGCACCGCUCCCCGCCCAGCACGCCCGCCGUCCAGCCCACCGAGCAGCGCUGGAUCGGCCGCCUCAAGGAGCUCGAGCGCCGGUUGAAAGCGGAGCGCGAGGCGCGGCUGCUGGACCGGAAGGGCGCGAGGCAGCGGCUCCAGGAGGGAAAAGCGGAGAACGAGGAGUUGAGGGGCAUGUUGGAGCGGGAGAAGGACCGCGCGGAGAGUAAUGGCGGGGGCAGCGGGAGGAGCAGUCCCAGCCAUGCGGCGUUUCCGACCAUCGGGACGAGGUGA